GCUACCUCUACAUAUAUCUUGCAGGUGAGUUGGAGCUCGAAUUUGAUAUCUUAGCAGUGGCCACGUUUAUUUGUUCAUUCACAUUAAUUGUUUUUCGCACAUCUUGACGUUACAUUCGCAGUAGCUUGGAAACCUGAUUUGCUAAAGAUAAAGGGAAGAGGAAAGAAAUCAGUUGCUACAUCUGUACAUACACGCAUUAGUCUAAUAAUAUCAUCUGGACGGUGUUCGUGUAUAAUUAAAGCAUGUCCGAGUCCGAGAUCAUGUCAUUAGAGAAACUUUAUUUGGAGAAAAGAUUAAGUUUAACUGAAUCUUCAGCGAAAGAAUCAACGGAUGAUUCAAUGCAAGAUUCAACGGAUGAUUCAAUGGAAGAUUUAACGGAAGAGCAAUACAUCGAAAGAAAAUUACAUAAAAUGGAAAUUUCUGAUAAAGAAGUUGAGGAUAUCUCUACCGAGAAUACACCGAAAAAGGAGCAGACAAUUUUAUCGCCAUAUUUAUGUAUGAAUUUACUGCCAGAUGAGGAAUCAAUCAAAUUUAUAAUAGGAGGAAAACCACAUGUUAUAUCAAAAAAAUCGUUGUGCGCCACCAACAGUAGUUACUUUAAAAAUAUCUGCCUUACACAUAAGGAAAUAGAUAUGACAAAUGAAUUAGUAACGGAUAAGGAAAUACGAUCUUUUUAUCAGAUUUUAUUAUAUAUUGCAACUGGCUCAAUAGAACAAAAAGAUUAUUGGACGUUAAAAGAUUUAUUAACAGCAGCUGAUAAGUAUGAUGUACCAAGAUUAAAAUUAAUUUGUGAACGUAAUUUGAUAUGCUGUAUUACUAUUGACAAUGCUAUAGAACUUCUACAGUUUGCGCUUUCGUCUAAUACAAAAUUUUUAGCAAGACUUUCGAAGAUUUAUAUUAAAUAUUACAUAGAACGGAUUAAGAAUACUAAAGAAUUUCGAGAUCUACCACAAGAGAAUUUAAAUAAGAUAAUGGAAUUUAUUGGGGAAAGUUAAUUACCUGAAAGCAGUACCCAUCAUUCUUUGUUACCGUUUAAGGCAGAUAAGGAACUUACAUUUGCAAAUAUUGGAAUGUAAUAUUGCAUGUAAUAUUGCAGUCCUAUAUUCAUAAAAUAUGAUAAAGAUAUUUUUCUUAUUUAAUUAGUAUAUUUUUUCUUUGCUACAUAUAUUCUAGCUUUUAAUUUUUAUACCGAGUGUUUCUGAAAGAGCGUCCAUUAAUUACAUAGCGCUAUUUUUUGUCAAAAAUUGAGUCGAAGAAAUCUGAAACAUUUUUUUUUCUAUAAUGCAUAAUUCUAAUGCAUAAUCUAUACAGCAGUAAUUAUUGACUAAAGUCAAUUCAAGUCGCACCAUUCUCUAACCGAGCGUACUUUAACUGACGUACUGAUUCAGAAUUUUGCAACUCAAUUUUUAAUAAAAAAUUUUGAUGAAACUACUAGGCAUUCUUUAAGAAACACUAUGUGAGAAUUUAUAUUCAAAUAAGUACUAAUACAAAUUAAAAAUAAUUCUUGACUUAAGUUUAAAUGUACGAGUAAAACUAUUAUUUUAAUUACACUUAAUGUAGUUUAGUUAUAAGUUUUCUCAAGUCUACAGGUUGAUUUAAAACAAAGGGAAAUAAGAAUUCUUACAAACCUAUGUUACCUGUAAAUAUUUCAUUUAUUUUUAUCAGUACUAUGUCAUAUUAAAAAUUUCGUUCUGUAGAUUAUUCUGCGUACAUACACAUUAUAGCGUCGGAGUCUUUAGCAACUACCUUUUUCAACAAAAUAUAUUUUUUUUUAAUUUAAGCUUGAUUUUUGUUUUUCAAUGUUUAUUUGCGUUUUCGAUAUUGUCAUUAACGUACAUACACAUUAUAGCGUCGGAGUCUUUAGCAACUACCUUUUUCAACGAAAUAUUAAUUUUUUUUGUAAAUUUAGGCUUGAUUUUUGCUUUUCAAUGUUUAUUUGCUUUUUUGAUAUUGUCAUUCGAGUUCAAUAAAAUGUGAUUUAUUUGAAA